CUUCUACAAGUUACCAAGUCUGCCGGGUCUCAACGCGAAUCACUUUCCACAUUUUCCGCAUGUGUGCUCCAUUACGAAAUCCAUGUACGUGCAACGUGAAGUACAAUAAGGACUCUCCGAGGGAUGUCUUGUCGUCCGUCGGUUUGUAGCCAGGUUUUUUAAAUCUCACAACUUGUCGGAGUAGUCGGUGGUUAAGUGGGGGACGAAUAUACACACAAUUAACAGAGAUUCGCGCAAUAGUGAUUGAUUUCGGUAAGCAUUAAGUGCCGAGGAGGAAUAAGCUUCCCAUUUAUUUAUACACAGACAAGCUGUCUCGUCAUAAGCUCGUAUACAUACAUAUACAACAGUUUAGUAGUUUUUUUGAGGAAACAGUGGGUUUCAGAUGCAUUUGCAAAUGCUGUUUAAUACGUUGAGAAACUUGAGACUACUUCACUCUCCUCCAAACUUAUGUAAGUUUUGGCAUUUAAGAAACUAAAAGCUACCCGUUAGAAAAAAUAGUCAGCCGUGGAAGAAAAAUAGAACAAACCAGCUUUCACUCGCAUGAAACAAAAUAUGUCAUGACAAAGAAACGUGAGUUUGCCAUAUGGGUUCAAAUAGUGGAAAAGGCACGGCCUCGUCAACCCUCUGUCAUCUGUGCCCACACUUAACUUAUUUAUUACAAUACAUGAACAAGUACAUAUUUAUUAUGUCACAAUAGAAGUGUCGACGCUUGAUUUUGAUGCCUGUUCGUUCUAGUGAGAUGAUGGUGAUUUUAUUGAAAACAUUUCUGCCAAUCGAAGUUUUUUGCUCCAACAGCAAUUCACGAACCUUAAGGAGAUGAUUGGAGACAGGAAAUGAAAAACGGAGCAAGGCGAAAAAAAACUCAGAGAACGUGCGCAUAAAUAAAAUCGUGAAAAUAUUCAUCAUCAUCUCCGUCGUUGCAAGCUAAGCAUAUUUGCUUUGCUCCUCAUCGUAUUAAAUUAAUGAAGAAAUUGUGUAAUCCAGGAUUUCGAUGCCACGAAGGAGACAUUCUCAGUAAAACGAAAUUGCAUUUUAUACCAAAAAUGUAAAAAAAGUGAGUGACAAUAAUAGUUGCACGAGCGAAGGAAAAAUUGACCAUUUGCAAAUAAACUCGGCUUUACAAGGGGAAAGUAGAAAUAUUGAGUUGUAUGUAUUUACUCAACACUCGAAGCGUCCAACCAUCCAGCAGGAUACAAAGGACAUGAAAAGCACUAUGAUGACGAGCUGAACGUGUAUUCAUCCACCAGAUUCGCUCUCGCAUCCUCGUGGACUAAAUCUACUUAGCCAUUUGAAAAUGACAACCUCGCUUCGAAAUCUGGUCAUUAUAUUUAUAUUUUGCUCUCUCGAGUGACGUCCUCCAGCUGUUAAAACAAAUUAUCACCUCAAAAAGGGUGGUUGGUAAAAUACUUGGAAGUGGUGCUGCUGCGAGUGAUGGUAUUUACUGCUGAGUGAACGUUGUUGGUUGAACAGGGACCACAAGGAGCAGAGAGAAAGCAGGUUGUCAGUGGUGAGUGCUGGUGAAAGUGGGAUGGGUUGUGGUGACGGUGAUGGUGGUGGUGAAAUAAAAGCAAGCAGUGCGGACGGCAGAUGAGUGGAAGGCCACUGGUUGUAGUGGCUCCCUGAGUGUGCCCAUUGUUGUUGGCAGCUAGUGAAAGUGGCAAUGGUGGAUUGAAUGGAGAAAGGAGGGGGUCAGUUGGUUGAUGCUCCAAGUUUUGUGGAUCUUUGUUCCCUGCACCAGCAUGCCAUGAGAUACUACAGGCUCUGGAUCUACGCCUGCAACCUUGUCCUUGCACUAUCCACCCUCAUCUUUACAGUGAUUGCCUUCUCCAUUAUCGUGGACCCCAGAAUUUCCCUCCUCAGUGGCGUGGAGCUGUAUCAGCCAACCUUCCUCUAUGCCUACAUUGCUCUAAUUCUCCAAUUAGGAGUUUUACAAGCGAUCGGAUGCGUGGGAGCGUUGAGACUGAACCAAAAACUGUUGAACACCUACUGGACCAUCCUCCUGGUAUUGAUGAUUGGUGAUAUAUUCGUGGGCCUCAUAUGGGCGUUUCGUUUGGACAAAAUUAAGCUAAAUUUAAGACCUGAUUUAAAGCAGAGGUUGAAAUCUCAAUAUGGAACCGACCCUAAAUUCACUCAAGUAUGGGACUGGGUUCAGACCAACGAAUUAUGUUGCGGGGUAGAUGGUCCAACAGACUUUCUCUUACCUAACGACUCAUCCUCCAGCCAUUUUGACAGUAAUGGUCUGCCUCUGGAUAUCUCUUCAGGGUUCCAUCAUCCAAAACUUCCAUCAACAUGUUGUGUCUUCACAGUAUCUAAACAUGUCCCAGUUACACCAUUUCCCACGCUAUUCCAUCCUCCACCAUCUCUAAAACCCCACCCUUCUCUCCAGCAACAACAGCUCCGCUCAAACCGAGUGAACUACCCCCCAAAUUACAGCACUAAUAAUAACUUUACCUCACCCAAAAACAACCACAACGUGCACCUCAACUCCUUCGGCACUGGGACAGGAACUCAUAACCGAAGGAAAAUUCUACACAGCACCAGGAAGCACGACAACCGUGGUCCCGACCCCAGCCAAAAUCCGCACCCUCAUCGAUUCAAUAAUGUACAAACCACGACAGAGACAUCAAGCAGUCGAAGAGCCCCUCAGUUCGGAGUGUGUGGACUGCCCCCAGAACUUGUAGCCACGUACAAAAGUAAUAUUUAUAUUAAAGUUAGUGAUACGAUUAUAGACAGUUAUUCGUUCUUCGAGGGGAGUGGCGGUGGGGUUUCGUCUGAAGAAGUUUCAGGCUCGCACUCCUCUUCUACCGAACUUCCAUUGUCGUCUUCUUACUCGACACCUUCAACUUUCUCCGUACUUGAAUCCACCACUUGGAGCAGUGGUGACCACAGCACCACACCCACGUCGUCAUCGUCAUCAUCCUUCUCCACGACAACCUAUCCCACCUCUGGCUCAUCCCUACCUCCUCCAAGUCUAGCUCAGCCCUACAUUUUGGUAUCAAUGACUCUCAAUAGUGAUCAGUGUGGGGACAAAGUGCUCGAUUGGCUUGACCAGUCAUCCGAUAUCCUCUUUGUGGUCGGCUUUUGCAUCAUAGUGUUUGUCAAGGGGUGUUUUGUGGCCAUACUCAGAUAUGAAAUUAAAGAAAUGGUUCAGAAAAUUAAGCUCCUCAACGGAGAAGAUGAUGGACGCACGGCAGCCAUGAACGAGCUCAUCGGGCUGACGUCCAUGUAUGAAGGGGGCAACGAGGACGAGCCUGGGGAGAGAGAGGGCCUCAUGGCAUCCUCAGGUGGCAGUCAGCACUGUGCCACCGACUCCAUGGCCAACACCAACAUCGAUGCAAUAGAGGCUGAUAAACGGAAAGACAGUGUGAUUAGUGCCAGAGAUCAUCACAAUUGUCACGCGGGGAACCACGUGGGCAAUCACAGCAGGAAUAAAACCCCUUUGGGCAACCACGUGUCCAUUGAGGUUGGGAUUCCGAUCACGCCAACGACCACAACCGUGGUAGCCGGGUGCAGCAUCAAUAGCCGGGGAAGGCAGCAUGAUGGUGACGAUGAAGGUGACGACGGGGGGAGGACACUCCAUACGGAUUUAGGGAGGAAGUUCAGGAAUGAGAACGGGGGGAGGGCUUUUCCAAGAAAUGGGAAUAACAACACGACCGGACUUGGUGGGGUCACCGGCUCUGCUUCUGCUCCCAUCCCCAUCGACUCCAUGGCUAAAGCUUAACUGAAGGCAUCCUAAUCGAUCUGGCGAGUUAAACGUCAUAAUCUCGAAAUGUCAUAGGAAGAUAAUUAAUUAAUCGUGCUAAGGGUACAAUUAAUUAAUGCAGGCAAGAUUACGUGUACAUUAAGUAGUUACCAAAACCAUCGUUUGCAUUAAAUUGAUAGAAUAUAAAUAUACUUAUGAUCAAGCCAUGAUGGUUAUCACAGAAGGACAUGGCGGGCGACAAGGUCAUAUCAUGCAUACAUACAUCUGAUCUAAGGUACCAUCGCUAUGUGUUAUUAUUCACUUGUCUUCUAUUGUGACUAACUCAUGUCUCUCCAGUUUGAGGUGAAAUUAUUAUUUUUUAAUCGAUUCUGAUCGAAUAUGUUUGAAGCACUUUCAUACUUUACUAGUGAUUACUAACUUGCGUUGAACAAGCGUUUGCUGAUGAUGGUUAUUCAGAUGGGCCGUCCAUUUAGGACAAAAAUAAUUGAAUGAGUAGAAAUUGCUAGAUUAACUAACCUCACCUUAACUGUAUUUUUAUAGAAAACUAUUGAUAACCACACAUAAAUACAUAACGUACAUACAUAUUUGGCAUGAACACGUAACUUAUUAUUGUUGCAUAUGUGUAUAUUUACGGUAUGGGUAUACUUGAUACAAUAUCAAAUUUUCUGUGAUGAUAUUAUAGUGAUUUUAUUAUAAGUACAUAGUUGUAAAGGAUAUCAUAUACUACAUAUUUACUUAUUUAUGUAGAUUAUCAGUUCGACGAAAUCUGACACGUUAGAAAUAUAUAGAAACGUCAGGUUAUUGGAAACUAUGUGGUAGUUUGCAUCUCAAGACACAGUUCAUCAACAUUUUAACCUUCGUAAAUCCAUAUAAUUCUGCGAAACUGUAUGUUAGUAAUCAAACGAUAAUCAAAUGAUCCAAGUGUCGUGACAUCUCGUCUAACCUAAUAUUACUGAAUAAUAAACGAGUCCCGAGUCUACUAAAAAAUGUAUUCCUAUUGGAAAUAAAAUCCUAAAGUAUCCUAAAGUAGAACAAUCGCUGGUUGAGAGUACGAACGAAUUGACAAAUGUACAUACGUUACGUGAUACCUGAAUGAAUCCUUCCUUUUCUCCUUUCUUUUUUUGGUUCCUUCUAAAUGUCAACCGAUGGCUGCUGACGAGGAAAAGUAGAAAAGGGAAAUACAAAAUGGUAAAUUACAGAGUAAAUUGAAUUACCAAAAUUGUGCAUGUCGUGUCUUUCUGUAUCUUCUUCUGUCGUCUGCUCUCUUUUUGUCUCCCCAAAGCCAACCAUUUCUCACUCACAUUAUCAGUUGCUCCUUCUAAUCUUAUGCAUUUUUAAUCCAAUCGCCGGCUCAGCUUUCUCCUAGAACACAAACCUUGUGUCCAUGUACUGCACCACCAGAACUCAGAAAACCUCAACUCUGACAGAAUCCAACCAAAUCCAAUCAAAAAUCCAAAUCAAUGCAAUUUUUGCAAACGUUCCCCUUUCCUACGAACGCAUUAAUAUUCAUUACCGUUCCCUUUUCCUUUUCUAACCAAUUCUCCAGCCCCAACGACACAUGUAGAUUAUGCGACUUUCUCCGCAUUGUUCGUUAAUCAAUACAGUUGUUUCUUUUCGAUUCAAUUCACAGUAAUUUACAGCGAAUUUUAUGUUGCGCUUGUGGUUAGAUUGACUGAGUUUUCCCAAUAUGUAUGUACUCGAAUGGGCUAAGGAACUGGAGAAAGGCAGAAAAUGUAGGAUAAAGAAGGACAAAUAUUGAUGGCUCAAAGGACAUGCUUUUCUUAGUCACAUGUACAAUGCACACCAUACAACGACCAACCACUUCUAGAUACUACUACUACUCUUCCAUGCCUAUCUACAAAGGGAUCUGGCAAGUGACAUGAAAAAUUCAUCAACUGUCAAACAUUCGCCAAUUGAACAUCAACACAACAUCAGCCAAAUUUUACCCCACUGUCAAUACCACACGCUCACACGCAGUCAGAUGACAGAAUAACAGUGAGUAAAAAAAGCUAGCAAAUCCGCUAAAUUGUUGAGUCCAGUUUAUACUUCUUUUGCAUGGAUAGCAUGGCGAAACGAUAUUUGUAGUAGGUACAAAAUGUGGGUGUGGUGGUCGGUGAUUCAAACAAAAGCGUGUCGUCGGUCUUAUUUAUGUAAUCCGUUCAUUUUAUUUUAGCUUUCUCCCAUUGCAAAAAUAAUUUCACUCUUCCGUCAGUUUGCGUCUACAUAGUUUUCCUGAUUUCGUUUGUAGUUUGGUAAAGUUUUCCACCAUACGACCAGUUAUAUAAAUUAUUUAAUUAGCAGAGUGCUAAACGAACCACGGUGCAUGUUUUUUGGAACGCCGUAGAGAGUCUACAUAUACAUACUGUCUGUCUCAACAUGAAUGAUAGAUUCACACUAAAACGCCAUUAAUUGUUCUCUGUAUCUCUCAGUUGGGCACAAUAAUAAUGCUUUUCUUUAUUGCUUCGCCCAAGUGUACAGUGUCUAAUUCCGUGGCUUCACCAAUGCGUCAUAAUCACACGAAAUAACAAACUUUAUCAUACUUUAUAUGUAUAUAUGACUCGUAUUUACUACAUAAACUCGAGUUAGCAUUGCUAAUGUUGCAUGUUCCUUUAAUUCAUCUCUGCAAAUUUAUGUUACACACUACGCAGCUUAUGUAUGUACAUAUGUAUGUAUCUAUGUACCACUAGUAAAGGGCACUACAUACAAAUACCGGAACACACUCCACAUAUACCUCCGAAUCGGUUCAAUGGUAAAGCUGGCGCGUCCGUAUUUUACUGCUUCAUAUUGUUCUCCUUUCAUUCCUUUGCUUCCAUACUGCUUUGAGUAAGAAAAAACUGGAAUGUUAAGAGGGGAACCAAGAAUGUGAACAAAUGAACAAUUCUAAACUGCAUUGGAAUAUGAGCACAUUAUGUUGAAUAGCAUGAGGGCUACCGUGUGGAGAAAUGAGCAUAUCAUGUGAAGGCGGCUGUACUCGUCGAAUAGUUUAAGGAAUCCGUCUUAUCCCCCCGCCUGCUAAAACUACUGCUUUAUGUGGUAUGAACAUACAUAUAUAGAUAAAGGAUAUAUGUUGGGUGGGAGAUAGACGGCCAACUCCUAUGUGCAACUUAAAGUUGGUUUCGACGUGCUAAUAAAAAUUUAUUAUGACAACCCACAAGGGAAGCCCAUUUGAGUUAAGUUGGAAAUAAACUUGCAAAAUACCUCCGUCUGACAUAAUUACUAUUUAUUGUUCAAUGAGAUAAUCAUGGGCAUUUCUCCCGAGUUGAGGAGGAGUUAGGGACAUGUGUAUAUUUGGUGCGCUUAGAGAAGCAUUCCUUUCCAAUUUCAUUACCAAACAGACAGACGGGCAGAUACAGACUGACGCAGAAUUCUGUGGACAAAAUUAUCAAGUACCUCGACAUAUUAUUUUGUAUAGAACGUACAUAUUUAAUUCACUCACGUUUUUAGCAAGCAUAGCGCCAGCCAUAUUUCUCCAUUGUUGACAGUACUCGAAUGUUUACUCGCAUGCUAAUUAUGUGUUGGCAAAUAUUACAUGUGCAGAAUUAACAAAGUAGAAACACAAGGCCGUGUUUAAAUAUCAACGUCCUGGAUGAUGGGUUGAACAUCUACUCAUGUCGGCAAUUAGCCUUGAAUCUGCUACCGCCGCGGUCUCUAUUUAUCUCCAUUUAUGAGGCGUCUGACCACCCCCGUAAAGUAUAAAUAUGAAUUGUCAUUUUUUCUGUGAUUCUUCGGCGUAACAUAAUAUCACGCUUAUCUUACAAUGCACAACUUGAGUGGCAUGCUAACCUGAUUCAAUUAUGUAGUAAUAAGAGAAUUUAAACCGAAGAAGUCAAAAGAAUGAUAGGAUCAAAAUGAGAGCAGAAAUCUAGUUUAAUUAAGUAUUUGAGAGAAGAUAACUAUUAUUCUACUUGUAGUAAUAAUAAAUAAACGAGAGAUAUAUUCAAUAAAGACAUAGUAUAAAUAAAAUGUAAACGGAUAUUUGACCUAUGUAUCUAACUACACUUUACAGUAAAUAUUUCUGGUUCGUCAAUUUGCAUAUUAUAGUAUUUACUCUUGUUGCAGUUAAUUAUGUACUUAUCAAUAAUAGGUCUGUAUGAUUUUUCUACAGUAAAAUAUUAAGAUAAGGUAUAAAAUAAGGACGAAGGACUGGUUUUGGAAAAAUGCUUAUUCGUAUUACUGAUUGAUUACAGCUACAUAUUUAUUUGUAAACCAAAGCAUUCGUGGCUCCAGAUAUUUUCAACUACUGUAUUGUACUGGGACGUAUACAUAUUUACAUGUAUAUAAAUAGUGCAAGGAACUUGCAAUUAAAACGAAAUUGAAUUCUUGAGAAAUGUAUAAAAUAUGUCAUUAUCUGGUUAAUAAAAGGUUAUUUAAAAACGAAA